GCAUGGCAGAAUUUUCCGGGGAGCGGGUGGCCCUACGAAAGAUUACGUGCUAACCGCCAUAAACCGUCAUGCAAGCCCACAGUUUAAUUAAUAGGGACGAAACACGCCUCCCGCGCUCUUCUUAUUCGCUCCUCUCUCUCUCUCUCUCUCUCUCUCUCUCACAUACACACACUCUCUCUCUCUCUCUCUACAGUGAGGAAGCCCUAGAUAUGCGUUGGACCUACGCGAUCGCGAUUUUGAUUCUUUUCAAUCUCGCCGCCGUUCGAUGCAAGAUUCCGACGACUCUGGACGGCCCGUUCGAGCCCGUGACCGUCACUUUCGACGAGAAAUUGCGAGGAAACGCAGUCGAUUUGCCCGACACGGAUCCAAGAAUUCGACGGCGCGUCAACGGGUUCGAGCCGGAGCAGAUAUCGGUUGCUCUCUCCUCGACCUACGAUUCGGUCUGGAUCUCUUGGAUCACAGGGGAAUCCCAAAUUGGCUACAACAUAAAGCCAUUAGAUCCUAAACGUGUUGCUACUCGUGUUCGUUAUGGGCUGAUAAAACAACCAAAACUUCCUCAUGAAGCCAGAGGCUAUUCUCUUGUUUACAACCAACUUUAUCCUUUCGAAGGGUUGCAGAACUAUACUUCCGGGAUCAUCCAUCAUGUUCGCCUAACAGGGUUGAAACCUAGCACAAUAUACUAUUAUCGGUGUGGGGAUCCUUCAAUACCAGCUAUGAGCGAAAUAUUCUCUUUCAAGACUAUGCCUGUAUCUGGGCCACGUAGUUACCCAGGAAGAAUUGGAAUUGUGGCAGAUCUGGGUCUUACUUACAAUAUGACAACCACAGUCAGUCACUUGAUUGGUAAUAAACCUGAUCUUGUCCUAUUGAUUGGCGACGUGACUUAUGCAAACCUAUAUCUCACUAAUGGAACUAGCUCCGACUGCUACUCUUGCUCAUUUUCGCAAACUCCCAUACAUGAGACUUAUCAACUUCGUUGGGACUAUUGGGGAAGGUUUAUGCAGAAUUUAGUUUCGAAAGUUCCUUUAAUGGUGGUAGAAGGGAACCAUGAGAUUGAAGAACAGGUUGAAAACCAGACAUUUGUUGCUUAUAGGUCUCGAUUUGCUUUCCCAUCGGAUGAAAGUCGGUCUUCAUCCACGUUCUACUACUCUUUCAAUGCAGGGGGAAUACACUUCAUAAUGCUUGGCGCUUAUGUUUCCUAUAAUAAAACAGCUGAUCAAUACAAGUGGUUGGAGGGGGACUUGGCUAGAGUGGACAGAUCUACAACUCCAUGGUUGGUAGCUGCUUGGCAUCCACCUUGGUACAGUUCCUACAAAGCCCAUUACAGAGAAGUGGAGUGUAUGCGGGUCGCAAUGGAAGAGUUGCUUUACUUUUAUGGAGUUGACGUAGUCUUCACUGGACACGUUCAUGCCUAUGAGAGGUCAAAUCGACUUUACAACUACAAAUUAGAUCCAUGUGGCCCUGUUCAUAUUAUGGUGGGUGAUGGGGGUAACAGAGAGAAGAUGGCAACUGAAUAUGCUGACGAACCUGGUAACUGCCCAGAACCUUCAACAACGCCAGAUACGUACAUGGGUGGCUUCUGUGCGACAAACUUUACAACUGGUCCAGCAGCUGGUAAAUUUUGUUGGGACCGGCAACCUGAUUACAGUGCCUUCAGGGAAAGCAGCUUUGGCCAUGGGAUCCUUGAGGUGAAAAAUGAGACUUGGGCACUAUGGACAUGGUACCGGAAUCAGGACUCGCAGAGUAAAGCUGGGGAUCAGAUUUAUAUAGUGAGGCAACCUGGUCAAUGCCCUGUCCGUCCCCAGGUUACUAAAGGCUGGUUUUCGAGCUAGGUGAGCUAUUAAUUUUGGAUCAUCACUACAGAUUAGUCAUCAGUGAAACCAUCGAAAGAUAGGAUUUUCAGAAAAGAUGAAUACCAACGAGUCUUAAAUACAAUGAAUGUAAUGGGCCGAGAGUACAUCAAUAAACGCAACUUAUGUAGGAUAGAAUCGUGCAGCAUCUUGCUGCCAUUGACGUGACUUGCCCCUUGAAAUACUGAAUCAUCCAAAUGUAGCUCACAAGCCAUGGAUGUGUUGUGUUGUACUGUGAAAUCAAUAAACAUGACAGUGCUCUAGCUGCACCGGUCGGCUCUUAUGGCUAAAGAAGAGAAAUUUUCGUGUC